AAAAAGGUCAGGGACAUGUGCAGGAAAGAGGGUUAGAGGACUUCACAAGGCUAUUAUAGGCAUGAUAUGAUAGAGACAUGUUCCGCCAUGAUUAUCUUCACUGAAUCAACUGGGAUUCAUGAUAUAGUUGUGAUGUUUGUGUGCUUUUAACUCUUAAAAUGGCUCUAAAUAAGUAAUAACAUCAUUAUCAUCAUCAUCAUCGUGAGGUCAUAGAAAGAAAGAUGUAAAGAUGCAGGCGCCCUCUUGUGGCAUAAAUCACUAUUGGCGCUUUUCCACUACCCAGUUCCAGCACGGCACGGCACGGCUCUAUGCGGUUUGGUAUGGUCUUCCAUUAGUGUAGUACCUCCUCAACAUGGGCGGAGUCAUCAUGACACUGCCGUGACCCGCACGACACACACUAACUAGUGACUUGUUAAAGCAGUUGCUUGCGGUGCAUCUUUCAAUAGAUUUGUCACUAAAUACAACAGACUCCUCUGUUAAAUGUUGGAGAUUAACGCAUAUUUUCAGGAUGUAGUUUAUAUGAAAUAAAAUACCUUUUGUUACCUUUUGUCUGAGUUCUAGUCAGAAGCAUAUACAACCUUUAUUUCUAUAGCAGCUUCAACAGAAAAGUCAGCCAGAGCGUGUAUUUGUAUUUUGAAGCAGAAACUUAUUAAUAAUAUUAAUAAGUAUAUAUUUUCCCAUCGGAAUAACUAGAGAAUAUGCAUUUGUCAUCGUCACGGUUACCAAGCAGCUCACUUAGAGAUCAAAGGGACGCGUCAGAAUGUCUUUCAUUUUGAAAGAAUGAUGUCAUCAAGAAAAGUGUGAUAGUACGGAGGAUUAGUUAUGCCAGCGUGCCGCAAAACAACUCCAAACGAUGGGGGCAGCGAAGGACCUCGCAAUGUACGGCCUGCCAGAAGUUAGUAGAAGAACUACCAGCGGCCGUAAAACAGAAGUACCACUACCUUGAAGAAAAGGUUGUCUUCUGUGCACGAAAGAAGACAAACUUUCAGGUAAGGCAUGCACUUUACAGAUGUUUUAUUUCAUAUUUUACAGUUUAUUUAUUUUUUUAUUUCAUUUUAUCAAAACUCUGGGUCAGAUUGUGCAGCAAAGUUUGGCCAAAAAAUGAAUUUCAACAUGCCACUCUGGUCUUUCUGUGACUCAACUAGUGUUCCAAUCUUUUUUCCCUCUGCUUCUGCCACAGCCAUGGCGGGAGUUUGGUAUAUUUUAACGGAUACUGACGCUCCCAGUGAGAACUUCAGUUCCUGUUUCAGCACCACACACAGUACUGUACUGAGUGGAGUCCCAUUUGGAGGAGUGCCAGUUGUGUUCCUGCUCUAUCUUGGUGUCUUUCUGGUCAUCGGGCUCAUCUUCUCUGUUCUGAAGAAAGUGUCCGACCACUGGCGAAUUGCACACUUUGCAGACGAAGCUGGACGCGAAGUGUUCACUGAGGUGACACCACAACCCGCUGAAUACAUUCCACCAGUGGAAGACGCACGUGAAAGGGGAUACAUAUCGUGGCUGGCUUACUUCCUAACCUUUACUGAGGAAGAAAUCAGGGAAAAAUGUGGCCCAGAUGGUAUCAAUUACCUGUCCUUUCAGCUUCACCUGAUCAUCGCGCUAGUCAUCAUGACAUUCUUCGCCUUGACAAUCAUACUGCCUGUCAACAUUAAUGGAGACCUGCUCGGCGAUAGCCCACUGAUUUUUGGAAGGACGACUGUUGCAAAUAUUCCAAGGAGGAACAAAGUGAUUUGGCUGCACACAAUGGUUCCAGUUUUGCACCUUUUCCUGAUCAUUUUUCUGCUGCAGUCUCACACAUCAAAAAUUACAGAAAGUGACAUAAUCAAAAACACUUUGAUGAUGUCCUCGGUUCCUAAAACAGCAACAAAAGAGGACAUUGAGGCCCAUUUUAAUGAGGCGUACCCUUCCUGUCACGUGUCUGCUGUGUCCCUGGGCCACAAUGUCACCAAGCUCAUGCAACUUCAUAUAGAAAGGGUUCGAUUGGUAAAACACCUGCACUACUACAGGCAUCUCCAAAAGACAACAGGAAUCCGUGAGAUGAUUAACCCCUAUUUGUUAGGAAGAGUCCUUGUGUGCCUCGAGCAUCAGAAGGUGGACGCCAUAAAUCACUACCGCAUUAAACAUUUCGAGGUGCUGGAAAAGAUACAGAAAGAAGCAGAGAAGGUGCCACAGAACCCACUGGGGAUCGCCUUUGUCACUCUGAAGAACGAGACUAUGGCCAAUUACAUUCUGAAGAACUUCAAUGCACUCAGGCUGGACAGCAUAUUUGUUGGAAGGCAGCCCGAACGUUCAUCCCAAAGUCGUAAGCUGAAGGUGAACAGUUGGAGUGUCAGCAUUGCUCCUCAUCCUCAAGAUCUGAACUGGGCAAAUCUGUCAGUGCAGGGCCUUUCCUGGUUCGUGCGCAAUGUUGUGCUCAACUUCUUCCUGUUCUUUUUGCUCACCUUCCUCACGACUCCCAGCAUCAUUUUGAACACCAUCGACAAGUUAGACGUGACUAAGACCAUCGAGGAACUCCAAAGUCCCAUCGUCAGUGAGUUCUUCCCUACUCUCCUGAUGUGCAUUUUCUCAUCAGGGCUGCCCACUUUAGUUCAUUAUUCCACAAGAUAUGAAGGACACUGGAGCCGUUCCAGUGAGCAGGUGUUCAUGUUGCGCAAACUCUACUUUUUCCUGAUCUUCAUGGUGCUGAUCCUCCCCUCACUCGGACUGACAAGCCUGUCAGUGUUUCUCCGCUGGACACUUGACACCAAGUUUUUCUCACAAGCAAAACUUAGGUUUGAGUGUGUGUUUUUGCCCGACCAAGGUGCAUUUUUUGUAAACUACGUGAUCGCAGAAGCCCUGGUGGGCUCCGGGAUGGAGUGGCUGCGGCUGCCGCAGUUGGUGCUGUACAACAUCAAGAUGGCGUUAGCCGACUCUGACGCCGGAAGGAAAUAUGUCAAAGAGAAUCAGGCCUACGAGUUUCCAUACGGUCCGGCGUAUGGGUGGAACCUCUGUGUGUUCACUGUCGUCAUGGCUUAUGGCGUCAUUUGCCCCAUCAUUAUGCCGUUUGGUCUCCUGUACAUGCUCAUCAGACACCUGGUGGACAAAUUCAACCUGUGCUACGCCUACCGGCAAGGUCGCCUUGACUGCCAGGUCCACCAGGCAGCUGUCAAUCAAGCUCUGGCUGCGCCUAUCAUCAGCAUCAUAUGGCUGUAUUACUUAUCCGUUCUCAGAACAAGUUUGAAGGCCCCGACAUCUUUAUUCAUCCUGGUGAUCCUGGUGUUCACUGUCUUCAUCUGCAUUGGCCACACCUGCUUUGGUUAUUUCAAAUACCUCAGUCCACACAAGUACAAGGUGGUAGACCUGGGCCAGGACAAAGCCGAGGAAGCCCCAGAGGCCUUUGUUCCCAAAGAACUUGAUCCGAAUUCAUAUAUGGACGAGGAGGAAAACAUGGUGGACAUAUAUGACCUGUUUGCGCUCUGAACCGAUAUCGAUAACUUAAAAGAUGAAGAUUUAACACUGAAGAUGACAUUUUUUUAGAUUUUAAAAGUGACGGCAACGAUGACAGUUAAAGAUGAAGAUGAUGAAGCUAAAGACGAAGAUUAAACUUAAACAUUAGCCAUUACAUUAAAACGACUGAGGAUGAUUCAAAGUUACAAUACAGAGAAACAAUCAGAAGAAAAUGUAUACGAAAGUGAAUCCUAAGUAAAAGCAACAAAAGACAA